AUGCCGACUCAGAAAAAAUGGACCGAGAUAGCGAGCAGAUUGCUAUACUUGAGGGAAAAUUUUCAGCAACUUGUGCCCGUGUCAUACAGCUGGAGCAAGCGUUAGCGCAGGCUUUAUCUUCUCAAACUGAUACCAGUAAAAGAUCGAAUGAAGAUUUGCAGGCAUCGAAGGUGGAGAUUGAAUCUCUAAAGUCUAAGCUUGUGAACUCUUAUUCCGUCUUGGAGGCUAGAGACAAGGAGAUAGCCAAUCUCCAAGUGGCACUUGGGCAGUACUAUGCAGAAACUGAUGCGAAGGAGCGCAUUCAACGAGAACUCAAUACUGCAAAGGAAGAUCUCAGGAAGUUUUCGGACAGUUUGGAAGCAGCAAAGCGGAUGGUUGAGGUAGUAGAAGCACAGAAGAAAGAAGUUGUAGAGAAAGUACACGUCGAGGAACGAAAAGGGCUUGAAAAUCAACAAAAAACACAGAAAAUCAGGUUACGCCGUGCUCUGGAAGAAAGCAUGAUCCGUCUAAACAGGAUGUCUUCAGAUUCAGAUUAUUCCGUAGACAGGCGCAUUGUUAUCAAAUUGCUCGUGACAUAUUUUGAGAGAGGACAUAACCACGAGGUUCUUGAUUUAAUGGCCCGUAUGCUGGGGUUCUCCGACGAUGACAAACGAAGGGUUGGACUCGCUCAUCAAAAUUCUGGGAAACCGGGUGUUAUGAGAAGCGUUUUUGGCCUCCCAGGGCGUGUCGUCGGAGGUAUCUUAUCUGGCGGUAAUGACAAUUCGUCUUUUACGACAAGCAAUGAUCAGUCAUUUGCGGACCUUUGGAUCGAUUUCUUGCUGAAAGAAUCCGAGGAAAGAGAAAAGGCUCAAAACUCAGGGUUGGGUGCAAGGAGCCCGCAAAGCGAUUUUCAUUCUUCAGCUUUUAACACCGGGUUUGAAAGUGAUGGUGGUUUAGAAGCUGACAUUUCAGGAGUUAGAGGCCACAGGAGGGUCUAUUCCAAAUCCUGAUAGAAAGUUUUCCAGUUGCUUUUGCAGCUCGAGGCAUCCGGAUGUUUUUUUCUUAUAUAUUCCUUGCCUGGAUAUGCAAAAUUAACUGAUUCGAUACAAUCGAUUUGAUUCUUUUGGCCCUCGUGCUCCAGUAACAAUUCCGGCUACGCAACUACCCUGCAAGAGAGAAUAAAACAGCAGUCUUGCGACGAG